CAAAACUUAUGUGUGCCAUCUUUAUUAUUGACAGGUUAUGGGUUUGGAUUAUAGCUACACGCAGCCGUCUGAUUCGGAGGAUUAUGGUUUACGGAACUCAACAGACAGUGGAAACAGCUCGACAGAAAUGAAUAUCAUGCUAGACCAAGCAGAGAUUGAAGCCGCGCAGAAUCAGUACCCUCUGCAGCCUGAAGUGGAGUUUGGCUUCCCCAAGGAAUGCUACUGUGGCCGCGAGCCGCUUUUAGCUACUUCUUACAAAAGAAAUGACCCGGGGAGAAGGUUCUACACCUGUGACAACAUCGACGACGGAGACUGCCAUGUAUACAAGUGGUGGGAUGUCGCGGUUACAGAGGAGAUCAAAGCCUUAGGUACACAUUAUGCUCAGCUUUCUGAUAGGGUAGAUUACCUUUCGUUUCUAAGUGACGACGACACCCAUAUGCGCAAGUUUAAGGAUCUGCAGUUUGAUUUAGAGCAGAAGUUGUUAAGGGUUGAGAGAAUUGGUUGUGACUUAGCGAGAAAUACAUCUAGGUUAUUCAGAAUUGCUUGUGUUAUGGUUGUUGUCGUAGUGCUAAUAGGCAUUGGACUAGCUGCUCGUAUGUAGGUUUUAUGGUUCUUGUUGUAGGUGUUACUCAUGUGUUUUUUAAGUGGAACUGAACAAGGAUUUACUCAUGUGUUUUGUAAUAUGCACUUCUGAAUUCGUAUUUUAAUAUAAACUCUUGUAGUUCUACCUGCUCAUUUUGUAAUUUUAAUGUGAUAUCGUAUUCUAUUAUCAACCAAACAAGAAAGUAUAAUUGUUUCUUUCAUCACCAACCAAUGAAAACGAAUCAAUCACAUGUAUCUCCAACACGCUUUUCUUAAUAACCCGUGAAUACAUCCUCCAUCAAAAGUCUUUGUUUCUUUCAUCACCAACCAAGGAAAAAGUAUCACACAUCUAAAUCAUAACCUCACGGACUUUCACACGGGUCUUGUUUCUUUCUCAAAUUCAUUUCUAUAAAUAUGAGCUUCUCUUGUGUUUACAAAUACAUAAAUCUUUCCUCUCCUUAUUUCCUUAACAAUUACACUAUUUCUCCCUUCUCGAUAUAUUUAUAAUGGCAUCUUCAUCCCAUUAUCAUUACCACAAAGAUGAUGAUGAUGAUAUUGAUCUUGAUACCCCUUUUGAAGAUUUUUUUAAUAACUAUGCUCCUAUUCCAGAACCAAAAGAGAGAAAAAAAACGUAUUGUGAUAGAGAGAAACCGGGAAGAAGGCCACAACCACCUUUGGAAUGAUUAUUUUAGCGAGAAUCCAACAUACUCUCGCAGUUUAUUCCGGCGACGGUUUCGAAUGAACAAAUCUUUGUUCCAGCGUAUUGUGCAUCAUCUCUCCACAGAAAUACCGUAUUUUCAACAAUCAGAAGAUGCAACCGGACGGUCGGGUCUAACUCCGCUCCAAAAAUGUACCGCAGCAAUUCGACAAUUGGCAUACGGUUGUGCGGCUGAUACAGUAGACGAAUAUGUCCGAAUUGGUGAAACAACAGCUCGAAAAUGUUUGCACAAUUUUGCCGCAGGAAUAAUCACCUUGUUUGGCGAUGAAUACCUAAGACGGUCCACACCGGAGGAUCUAGAAAGACUACUACAUAUCGGAGAAGAACGUGGAUUUCCGGGGAUGAUUGGAAGCAUCGACUGUAUGCAUUGGGAGUGGAAGAAUUGCCCCACCGCUUGGAAAGGAAUGUAUUCACGAGGAACUGGAAAACCAACAAUUGUGUUGGAGGCCGUAGCUUCCUAUGACCUCUGGAUAUGGCACGCGUUUUUUGGAGCUCCAGGUACUAUGAAUGAUCUUAAUAUUCUUAAUCGAUCACUUGUUUUUGAUGACGUUAUUAACGGCAUCGCGCCACAAGUAAUCUUCUAUGUUAAUGGUAAUCCAUACCAUUACGCAUAUUAUCUCACGGAUGGUAUUUAUCCGAAAUGGACGACUUUUAUUCAAUCUAUCCGACUCCCGUAAACUCAGAAGCAUUCAUUAUUUGCUCAAACCCAAGAAUCAGUUCGAAAAGAUGUUGAGCAUGCAUUCGGAGUCCUGCAAGCUAGAUUUGUAGUUGUCAGAAAUCCGUCUAAGUUAUGGGAUAAAGAGAAAUUAUGAAAUAUUAUGAGAGCAUGUAUCAUACUCCAUAAUAUGAUUGUCGAAGAUGAACGGUCAUCAUUCAGUCAGUUUAACAAAUUUGAGUUUCAAGAAAGAGAAGAAGUGGAUACAUAUUCCGUCAACAUGCCUUCGAAUCUCGGCAGUACAAUGGAUCGUCGAACGAGCCUUCGUAAUAAACAAGCCCAUGAACAAUUAAAAAAUGAUCUGAUUGAAAAUAUAUGAGCUAAAUUUGGACAUUUUUAAUGAUUUUAAUAAGUUGUUUGUUUCCUUUUAUUUCAGAAGUUUGGAAGUUUUUUUUUUUUAUGAAAUGUAAUAAAAUGUUUGUAAUUUUCUAUUAAAUGAAUAAAUUUAUUUUUCUUAAUAGUUAUUCAACUUAAAAUGGUAAUAUGUUUUAUCUUAUAUAUGAUAUUAUUAUUUCAAAAAAAAAAAAUUACCUAAGGACCAACAAAAAGUCCCACCUAUAAUCACCAUUUUCAUUAAAAAUCCUUAACAAAGUCCUAAUCUACAAAUAACAAUAUAAAACUCUAAGAACUCUCAAAUAAGUCCCAUUGAUAAUCAUGCUGUAAGGUACUUUUUUUUUUUGACAACGUAACGUACUUUUACUUAUAUAAAUAGUUCUAUCAUAGCUAGUGGUUUAUUUGUAUAUAAAUAUAAAAGUGGCAGAUAUCCUGGAGGAGGCUAAUGAUUUAAGAUAGUGUUCUAAAUGUCCAUAGAAUAAAAAAAAUUUGUUUUCUGGUUUUCUAAGUUUUUUUUAAACUUAUAUAUUAAUUCAACCCGAGAAUCGAGAAUUUAGAUCCGGUUACAAACAGGUUUUGAACAAAAUUUCUAAGAUCGAACUAUUACAAAACUAGUUUCGCCCGCUCAUUAAACCCGGCACAUUCUACUAGUCCAGUUUUCCAAAUUUCUUAGAAUUGGUUACUGUUUUCA